AUGGCGGGCGACUUUAACUGCGUCCAGUGCCCUCUCCUCGAUCGGUACGGCAGUUACCGAUCGCACCGAUCGGAAAGCCCUGCCCUGGACGCGGCAGUUGCGACACUGGGCUUGGCGGAUGCGAGAGAUCUUCGGGAUCAUGCGGAUGACGAGGGCACUGGCGAUCCUACUGACCGUUUCACUUACUGGAAUGGGGACCGUGCCAGUCGCAUCGAUCGUUUCUAUGUGCCUGAGGGGUGGGUAGGUCGCGUGCUGUGGAUUGAAGCGCGGGUGCCAUCAAAUCAGUCGGACCAUCAGGAGGUUGUGCUACACCUACGUGACCUGAACAAACCUCGUCCGUCAAGCCGGCAUGGGCGUGUAACAUAUCCGAUUCAUUUAUCGAACCCUGGCAGGAUCGUUGACGAACUCGUCGCGGAAAUGGACGGAAGGGCUAUAGGUCAGAGCGUUUCGACCCUCACUUGGGACGCGGAUGUCACAGAGUGUCAACAGUGCGUUCGACGCAUCCGGAAGCGGGUCAAACAGCGCAGAGCGCGAUUUCGUCGGAAGAUUCAGGGCAGAGCUCGGCGACCUCUCCUCACCCGGCCGCAAUUUAUCUCCUGCAAUAUGGAGGAAUUACGGCAGGAACAUCUGGUGCGACUGGGCCAGAAGCUCGCCAGGACGGCUGACCAGUUGCGCUAUUUUUACAAGCGGGUUGCCGACUGGGAACGCAAUCAAACAGUCACAACAAUUUCGCGCAUCCACGGCCCGCAUUUUACCCGGGAUAUGACUAACGCGGAUAAAUUUGCCUCCGAAUGGUCUACAGUCCUUGGCAAAGUUCAUUGCCAGGAGGAGAGAGUGGACUUGCCAUCAGCCAUUCGCCGUUUUGUCAAUCUACCCACAGACCGGGUCUUGUCUUCUGCCGACAACCGGGCUCUCUUGGCUGAUUUUUUCGGAAGCGGAAGUCCUUGCAGCCGUUUCUGGGCUCAGUCGACAUAA